AUGUAUAAGCUGGCCUCUUGCUGUUUGAUUGUCGUGGGGCUCUUAAACCCUCUCCUCUCUCUUCCUAUCACUGAUUCCAGGGAAGUGUUCCUUCAGCUCUCAGCACCUGAUGAAGAUGCACAGUUGACUUCGGGUGAACCGGAAAGAGCUUCCCUUCUGCAGCUGCUGCUAGAGAUGGUGGGUGCAGAGAGAGACGAUGGUCUUAGGAAAGCAGAUUCUAGUACCAUUUUUAAUCCAAGAAGAAAUCUGAAAAAGUUUCAGGCUUUCUCUGGACGAGACCUGAACAUUUUACUGCGUCAUCUUUUGGCUAGAACCAGGAAACGAUCCAAGAAACGUGUAACUCCUGAAUGCUUUUGGAAGUACUGCGUCUGAUGUGAAAAAGCAUCUAUUAGCCAACUUGGGAACAUCCACCUUAGGAAAUUAGAAAUAAAAAUGGUUUGAAGACUGUAUGACAAAAACUAGGAAACUAUAACCUGUUCAUUAUUUGGAAAAUAAACCCUCCUUGUUUUGCAAAUAUUAUGAGUGGCUAUUUUACUUAUGAACAUAUCCUUAAAAUCUGUAUUUUUUCCCUUCAAUUGUCCUUAAGUGGUUUUUUGUUUGUUUUGGUUGGUUGGUUGGUUUUAAAGAUAGGACCUGUGUUGUGAUCCUCCUGCCUCAGCCUCUAUGCUUGGCUUGUUAGGGUGUGGCAGAAGUCAAACCUGGGCCUCCCACAUGACUUUGGCCUUCUGAGUAGCAGUAUCUACCAGUGCAUGUACCAUGGCUGGGGUGAUUUCUGUAAACAAUUAAAAGUAAAGCUAA